AUUGUUUUAACUAUUGAACUAACUUUUCUUUGAAAUUAUGUGUUUGCAUUGUGGCUUUGUUAAACAGUUGUUUUUAUCAAUCGGGUAUCUAUUCCAACUUUUAUAUAGGUAUACAAAUGAUGAAACUUCUGAAAUUUGAGACGUCUAAUUUAUUUUUACUAUUCUUUGUUCUCAGGAGGUCUAUUGUCCCUCGGCAAAGUCCUCAACUUCUUCCCGGUGGGAGGAGAGCGGGAGUGCCAGCCGGAGGGCCACAAUAUCGCGAAGGCAGGAAUCUGCAUCAACCAGUACGAUUGUCGACAGAGGGACGGCAGAGCUUCAGGGGAUUGUGCGGACGGGCUCGGCGUGUGCUGUGUUUUCGAGGUGUCCUGUGGCGGCACGGUGCAGAAUAACCUGACGUACUUCAUGUCGCCCGGCUUCCCCGAGCUGUGGGGCGGCGAGGAAGACUGCAACAUUACCAUUGAGAAGACACACGCUGGCAUCAUGCAGCUCAGGAUAGACUUCUUACACUUCACUAUUGGUCAGCCUAACAGAACCACAGGAGAUUGUGACGAAGAUGCCAUGAUCUUAGGAGAUGGGGACAGUAAGUUCACACUGUGUGGACAGAAUCAUGCACAACAUGUAUACUACACACUAUCGACGGGCAGCGAGAAGAGAGAAGACAGCGAUCUGCCUGGCACGAAGACCAUCAACCUGUCGAUGAGGAUGCGAGCUGGAGACAUGCCACGGAUCUGGCUGAUGAGGCUAGCGCAGAUGCCAUUAGCGUACACAGCUCCGCAUAAUUGUCUGCAGUAUUUUACGAAUGAUAAUGGUACAAUAAAAACUUUCAACUACGCAUCGAACGGGCGUCACCUAGCCAGUCAAGACUACAAGGCAUGCAUUAGAAGAAACUCAGGGUUCUGUUCUGUGCGUUAUACCCCUUGUGAUAGCCGCUCCUUCAGGAUAGGACCUGGUGGUGGAACUCCACUGGUUAUGGACCCUGCAGAAAUGCAGCAAGAAGAAAUGAUGCCAGCUGAUGAAACACAGACACAAGAAGACGAAAUGGAAGGUUCUGGAAAUGAACCGCAAAUGGAAACUCCAAUGCGAGAGGAACCCAGUCUCAUCUCUAGGAUCUGGACGUAUAUUUCGUCUUGGAUGUGGGGUCAGGCGAGGUCUUCCACCUGGUCGCGCUGGUCACCAUACACGCAGCACUAUGGGAGCGAGGACGAUAAGUUCCGGUACUUCGGGUAUGGGAACUAUGGGAUCGGUCUGACUGGCCAUGGCAGACAGCGGUGUGACGACAGGAUUACCAUACCAUGUGAAAAUGAAUAUUUUAUUUCGAGCUCGUACUUCGGUGCAGGCGUUUGCGACCCUCAUCAUUGCGGCAACACCUUCUGUCCUGGACAGCAGCGGCGUAACUGUCAUGUGGAGACCUCCAUAACUCCAUUCGCAGUAUCCGUGCAUUUUGGACCUCCCACAGUCAAGAGGAGUCCAGAGGAAAACAUUGGGAUGUGCUUGCGAUAUACACAGUUGCCUUGUGACUCUUGA